AGAAGGCGUGCCCCACCAAGCACCACUCCAAAGAGUGCUCGAUACUGCUUUCCGCGGAAUAGACUGCCAUACAGGUAGUACCUUACGCAACUUCACAUCAGUAACAAUAAACGAAGAUUCAAUAACGUUAGAGGCGAUUUUUGUUGGGGAAAAUGUGAAUGACAUGAGUGAAAACAAGUGAAACAAGUGUCAAAGGAUUUUAAUUGGUGUUUAGUGGUGCAGAGAUUUUGAGCGAAUGAUGGAAGGAAAAAUAUCGCACAGUGGGCUGCUGGCUAGGAGUCCGGAAGGACACGCGGCAAGAGGGAUGCAGAUUAAAGGGAACGAGGACGUGUGGGUGGAAAUUCAGGCCAACACGUUUAGAAAUUGGGUGAACGAGCAUCUGCCGAAAAAUUUGAAGAUAGCCGAUCUGAGCGAGGAUUUGUGCACAGGUGUCAGGCUGUGCAUCCUUGUCGAAGCCUUAAGAGGAAAACCUCUGAAACCUUCGUGGAACAAGAAACCAAUGAAUCAGCAUCAUUAUUUGGAAAAUGUUACUUGCGCUCUCAAUGCCAUCGAACAGGACGGGGUUAAGCUGGUAAAUAUUGGAAAUGUUGAUAUAGUAAAUGGAAACCUAAAGUUAAUAUUGGGGUUAAUAUGGUCUUUGAUUGUUCGUUACCAAAUCGGAAGAUCCAAAUUCCCUCCGAGAAAAUUGAUGUUAGCAUGGCUUCAAGCCGUCCUUCCAGAAUGCAAAGUGGGCAACCUCACAACAGACUGGAACUCUGGAGUGCUCCUGUCAGCUCUGAUAGAUUAUUGCAGACCAGGUCUUUUCCCUCAUUGGAGAAAACUAGAUAAACAUAAUGCAAUAGAAAACUGUAGACGUGCCAUGGGUAUAGCCCAAUCAGAACUGGGCAUUCCAGCUGUAUUGGAACCAGAAUACUUGGCUUCACCUUGGUUGGAUGAGCUUUCUGGAAUGACUUACCUUUCGUAUUUUAUGAAACCUGGAUCGCCAGGUUUUCACGCCACUUUAAGGUGGGUCAAUUCUCGACUGGAAAGGCCCGUGAACAAUUUUACUGGUGAAUGGAAUGAUGGACGAGUAAUUAGUGAAAUUAUCCGAUCCCUUGGAGGUUCAGCAAAAGCUCCAGAAAAGCUAAGAAGUGAUCCUGCUUAUUGGGAAUCAAAUUUAAAUCAAGCCAUCGAUGCGGGAAAACGAUUGGGAGUCGAUCCAGUAUUAUCGGCCAGGGACAUGGCGGAUAAAAACGUGGAACACUUGGGUGUUAUGGCUUAUGCAGCCCAUUUCCAAUGGGUUCCCGAAAGACCCCCGCUACACGACCUUAUUAAUGUACAUCUAAAUUCUACAUCUGGGAGGGUUGGAGAAGAAACGCAUUACCAAGUGACCUUACUGGACUCGGAACUCUCCUACUCUAAGGUAUCGGUGGAUAUAAGGGCGCCGGAUAACAAAACUUAUUUGGGCAAAAGUUUAAACAAGGGACAUGGCAUUUUUAUACCACAGAAGGUGGGUAUGCACGAGCUCGUCGUAAAGUACGAGAGCGAAGAAGUUUUAGCCGGCCAUUUCUUCAGAGUUUUGCCGCCUUUAGUCGAAGUCGCCCCUCCAGGAAUGGCGCCCUGUGCUCUUGGAAGUUUGGUGCAAGUCCUCGUCAAUGCAACAGUGUGCAAAAUAAUCACUGUGGCAGGAAAUCUACCAGGAGUCAUACUCGAGAAAUUGGCAUUUUUUGAAAAAUGUUUAGGAGCUCCCAAACGUGAAGACAUCCUAGUAACUGCCUACAGUCCAAGUGGAAGGCCAUUAAACUGCCCAUUAACUACCAUCGACGGUACCAACAGUGCCACCUUUAAACCAGAUGAAGCCGGAGAAUGGAGAAUAGAAAUAACCUACCAAGGGAAACAAAUCCAGGGUGGACCCUUUACUUGCUCAGUCUUCGACCCAGAUGGUGUUCACGUAUCCAACCUGGAAGGCGCUCUACCAUUGGUACCUCAUAGUAUUGAUUUGGAUUGUAGAGGAGUCGGUGUACCUGGAGAAGUAUUCGCCGAUAUUGUACAUGAUAAAAGAUCUGUACAUUGCAGGGUGGAGAAGGUCGAUGAAAUGGGUUUCCACUACAAAGUCCACUUUGUACCCAUGGAUGCUGGCAAACAUAGAGUGUAUGUUUACUUCAAUGGUUACGAUGUUAAGGGAUCUCCGUUUAUGAUGAGAGUGGGAACCCAGAAACGAUCAAAAUCAAACAGUAGCCCAACUGGCUACAGAUCCAGUCCUACCAACCGCUAUACAAGCUCUAGCCCUGUAAGCUCCAGCAUUCUAAACAGAAACACCACGCUUAACAGCUACAGGCAGAACGCGAGCCCAGUUCUGGAAGAGACCCACAAAUACGCGAAAGAUUAUCACAGAAUGUCGGAAAAUAGAAUGACCGAUGCAAGAUUCCAAACCAGUUCGCCAACAUUCGACAGAAGCAGUCCCAGUUACAUGCAUCGAACGGCGAGUCCCAGCUACGCCCACCGCACCAGCAGUCCCAUCUACAGAACCAAGAGUCCCAGUUACGGUCGUGACAGUCCCGACUACAUAACGAGCAAACGAUUAAACGAAAAGCGGUUCGACACGUCCAGUCCCAGUUUCGCGAAAAAAUCCUCCGAUUACGAUUACACGAAUAAAAUGUCUUCGAUGAGGGUUUCCGAGAGUCCCAGGGCCAGUCCCGAUGUCGGUUAUACCUCCACGUCUACGUCGAGGUUCGACAAGAGAGUUACGGAAAGCAGGAGCUACGAUUCCUUUGGAGGGGUUGAUUCUAGUCCGAUAAUUAAGGUUAACUCCAUGGGGGAUCAUGCUUCUGCCAGGAAGGAUUCUUGGGAUGCUAUCAAUAAGACCAGAAACAUUUUAUCCGAUAGAAGCCUAGAAUCCCUAGCAAACCUAACCGAAUCGCAGCUGGACUCAGACAUCAGAAGACAGAAAGCAGAAGAGCACACACGAUACUUGACGAACGAGCAAAAUUACUCCCAUAAUCAAAGUUACUCCCAAAAAUACAACUCCAGCCUGAACUCCUACGACGAAAAAGGAUACGGAAGACAGUCUCCCAUCUACAAAGUAACCAAAGCAGGCGGCGCCAGCUCAGUCAAAGUGCAACCUGUUCCCGAUGGCGUCUUAGGACAACCUGUGGAGUUUGAAAUUGAUGGUAGUGGGGCAGGUUCGGGUGAUUUGGAAAUUUUGGUGGAAGGCGGAAGGGUUACAUCGAGUGUCAGAAGCCUAGGUGGUCAAAGGUUUAAGGCUGCUUUCACCCCACACCAAGCGUUACCCCAUAGAGUUGACAUCAAGUUUAAUGGAGAGACCGUACCAGGUAGUCCUUGGCAUGUAAACGUCAUGAGCGGCAGCAACGCGAACCUCUCCGUGAUCGGAGAGUCGACCCGGCUGGUGCCGGCAAACUCCCCCGCCGUCUUCGAAAUAAUAACCAACUCGAACACCGCCCCCGACGAUUUUACCGUGCACGUGAUCUCGCCCAGCAAGCGCAGCGUGCAGGCGCGCGUCCUGCCCGGCAAUCGAACCGGCGUGCAGAGCCUCGAGUUCGUGCCCACCGAGGUGGGCACGCACAUCGUCGAGGUGGCCGUGAACGGGGAGAAACUCCCGUCGGGGCCGCUGAUCGCGAAGAUCUACGAUGCCGGUUUGAUCCAGGUGGCGGACGUGAGCGGGGGGGUUGUUGGGCAGCCCGUGCAAUUCAGAGUUGACGCCAGCCAGGCCGGCGAAGGCCAACUGGAGAUCUCGAUCAACGAAGGGGAAGUCCCGAACCACGUGCAAGUAGUAGGCGGUGGAAGAUGCCUCGUCUCGUUCACCCCGGACCAGGCAAAACCCCACCUAAUCGACAUCAAAUUCAACGGCGAAACGGUGCGCGGUUGCCCUUUCGUCUGCACCGUAGCUGACACGAGCCGAGUGACACUAAGUUUGAGCCACCUGGAACUGAUACCCGUCAACCAACCCAACUCCUUCCACAUGGGAGUGGCCGGUGGGGGCGCGGCGGAGUUGGCGGUGGCUGUUAGAGGUCCUGUCGGGGAGUUGCCCGUGAAAGUUACAGGGGAUAUACAUUCGGGGUUUACCGCUGAAUUCACCCCAGCGCAAGUGGGUGCGCACCAGAUCACCGUCGACUAUAACGGGAGACCUGUGCAGGGAACCCCCUUCAUAGCGAAGGCCUUCGAUUCCAACAAAGUAACAGUCGGUACCGUCGCUAGAGGUACUGUAGGGCGCCCUGUAACGUUCUCUGUGGACGCCAGCGAAGCUGGUGAAGGGAACUUAGAGAUCACAAUAUCCGCUAGAGGAUUAAACAUACCUACACAGGUUCACCCGCAAGGGAACGCCAAAUUCGCCGUCUCCUUCGUACCAGCUGAAGCCUGCGAUCAUGUGGUUAACGUGGCCUUCAACAAACGCCCUGUAGUCGGUUGCCCACUUAUUGUUAGCGUGGGUGGCAGUGGAACAGGCCCGAGUGUCACUUUGCCAGGACCGGGGCCGGUACACAGGCCCAGCACGCUUCUCAUUAAUCAUCCAGGACGUCUCGAAGAUAUCGAAGUUAAUGUCGAGGGACCUGGAGGCCAAGCCGUUCCAACGCAAGUCCAAACUUUGGGCAACGGACAAUUUAGAGCUGAAUUUGUACCAAGAGUUGUGGGAGAGCAUAGAAUUAACGUAAGCGUUAGUGAAGUUCCAACAGCUGGAAGCCCAUAUGCUGCCAAAGUCUACGAUGUGCAAGCCAUUAAAGUUAAAGAAGCAUCAUCUGGAGUUGUAGGAAAAGCAGUUACUUUCCUUGUGGAAACCAGCCAGGCAGGUCCAGGUAAUCUUGAAGUGACAGUGAAUGGAGGUUUAGUACCUACAUCGGCUCAAGCACAAGGCCCCCACACCUACGCUAUAUCUUUUACACCGCGUGAGGCUACUAUUCAUUCAGUGGAUUUGAGAUUCAAUGGUCAGGAUGUUCCUGGAAGUCCUUUUAAGUGUAAUGUGUCGCCAGCCGCCAAAAUCGUCACUCCCGAAACGUUGGACAAAGUUUCCGUUGGAAAACCUUGCAGUUUUUCCGUUGAAAGUGCUACUCCACCCAUUGUAGAAGUUUUGGGACCUGCUAGGAGAUCCUUGCCAACUCAAAUAACUCCUCAAGAUGGUGUGGCGAAUAAAUUCACGGUCUCUUUCACUCCUUUGGACGUGGGAGAUCACAGCGUGGAGGUGCGCCUUCCUGGAGGUCACAUCGAAGGAAGUCCCUUCUUGGUAAAAGCCUACGACGCCAGCAGAGUUACAGUAACCGAUAUAACCGACGGUACUGUGGGGAAACCGGUGUCGUUCAGCAUAAACGCUUCUCAAGCCGGCGCAGGCAAUCUCGAAAUCAUUGUAGCGGUUGCGGGGAGAAACGUACCGAACUUCGUGCAGAGCGAAGGUAACGCUAGGUUUAAGGUUAACUUUAAACCUACAGAGGCUGCCACCCAUACAUUGAGCGUCAGGUUUAACGGACAACCCGUCCCGGGAUCGCCUUUUAACUGUAAGGUUAGCUCCGGCAACACGCAGCCUAGAGUGCCUGUUUCUGGAUCUGGCAUCGAACUUGCCGCUGUCGGACAUGCUGCGGAGAUCAAAAUUGACGGGGUGACCGGUGGAGAACCGCAGGUUAUCGUAACAGCACCCACCGGAAAAGUUUUGCCCACUAAAUUGCUCAUCAGUGGUGACACCUACACCGGUAAAUUCGUGCCGGAAAUGGUUGGCAGACACUCCGUGGCGAUUUUAAUAAACGACCAACACGUUAUUGGUUCGCCAUUCAGCUGCAACGUGUACGAUGUCAACAAGGUUAAUGUUUCCGGGUUACCCGGACGUAAAGGUGGAAGUAUGAGCGAUUUAUCUUUGCGCGACAAUCCUGCCGAGGUUGGUAAACCUGUCACAUUCAGCGUGGAUGCCGCACAAGCGGGCGAAGGUACUUUGGAGCUGGUGGUUUCAACUCAACAUACAACGAUUAAAGCCGAAGUCGUGGCUUGCGCCAGGGGCUUAUAUGAUGUAACAUUCGUACCUUUAUCGGCUGAAGAUCACUUUGUUAACAUAACCUUCAAUGAUAUGACAGUAGUCGGCAGCCCCUUCCACUGUUCCGUCAUUGAAGCUACUCAGUACGUGCAAAUUGGAUCAACGAAUUACAUAGACUUGCCGAGCGAUAAUCACCGAUUGGAGAUCAGCGAUCCGAACAACCACCACGUUAAAUACGCCGUCAAAAACUAUAAAGCAGAAUUCAAUCUCACCCAAACAGGCACCUACAGAGUACAAGUCUUCAAAGGGCACGAAUUGUAUGCCACGCGCACAAUCCACGUCUUCGAUACAUCCAAAAUCGAUAUAGUUAAUGCACCCGAAGCCGUCGCGCACAGACCGUCAGUGAUUGGUAUCAAUAUGCAUAAAGUGGGCCCCGGCAAAUUGACAGCAAACGUUAAAGUGGCGAAUAAGGAUGUCGCACACAGUGUGCGCCAGAGUCCGACCAAUCAGAACAUGUGGGAGGUGGUGUUCCACCCAAUCCACGCUGCCCCACAUAAAAUAUCCUUGUUGUACAACAAUGUCCCCAAAUUUGGAGUGCUUGAAGUACCGGUUAAGGGCCCUGGGAACGAACCUUGGGCUGGGGGACUAGGCUUGUAUCAAGCAAAAGUGGGCAAAGUGACCUCCUUCCAUAUCGACACCCUAGGAAGAUCGGCUAGGGAGUUUGAUGUAGUGGUGAGCGGACCCACAGGUUCGGCGGUUCCCGUACGUUGUUAUCAAACGAAAACAGGAAAAUUGCAGGCGGAAUUCACAUCGAGAGAAAUUGGACCUCACAAAGUCGAGGUGCUACAUCAGGCCAAACCUGUCAACGGAAGUCCCUUUAUUUGUAAUGCCUUUGAUGCUGAUAACGUAAGGAUAGUGGACAUUCCUCCGACUCAAGGGAAUGUUGGAGAAAAAGUUGUCUUUAACGUAUCCACCAAGAACUGUGGAGACGCCGAGUUGGAUAUACAAGCCACAAACCCAAUCAGCCAGUCGCUUGCGGUCCACAAAACUAAAAUCGACGAAAAUCUCACCCAAAUUUCGUUCAUGCCCACAUCAGCUGGUUUAUAUCAAGUUGCCGUGGCAUACGGUGGUGUUCCAGUCAAGGGUUCUCCAUUGGCUCUCGGUGUUGGUCCUGUGGGACCUUCGCCACCACCUAGGGCUGUAGGAAAAGGUCUUGAAUUGGGACGCGUGGGAGAAAGGACCUCGUUUACUGUAAGCAGCGUGGUGCAACCCAGGGUACAAGUGGAAACUGUUGAAGGAAAUAUUGAUGUUCAUAUUCAAAGCCCGAAGACAGGGGAGUAUAUUGUUUCGUAUACUCCCAAGUGGGUUGGGACUUACGAUAUUAUUAUCAGCAUUGGACCUAAUGACCUGCCUGGGUCACCAUUUAGACCAACAAUCGUGGAUCCAUCUGCAGUGAGGCUAAUAGGAGGUUGGAAUCAGUACUUGGAUGAUUCUGGUAGAAUCAAACUGCCCACAAAACUUGCCUUUGACAUUUCAAACGCAGGUCCUGGUACUUUGGAUUGCAAAAUAUCAGGGAGGAAGGUUAACGCCGACAAGAACGGUAAUAAAGUUAGAUUCGAGAUAUCCGGGGAAGGACUCAACUCUGGCGAGCAUGAAUUCGAUGUUAGGUUCGCUAACAUUCCUCUGCCCGAUGCACCAAGUACUGUUGUGUCAUUGGGAGAUCAAGUGGUGCUGACGGGUAAAGGUUUAGCGCAUGCCCAAUGCGGAGAACCUUCGGUAUUCACUAUUGACGGGUCAAAGGCCAACUCUGGUAACCCAGAGGUGACUCUUCACGCAGCCGAAACCAACAUUCCCAUACCUGUUAUGAUAAGUCUGGCUGGAGAGAAAAUAUGGCGAGCCACCUACACCAUAAAUACCCCCGGAAACUAUCUUCUGUCGGUUCUUUGGGCGGGUCGGCCUGUCAAAGGCUGCCCUCUGAUGGUGGAAGCCAAAGGCGGGGCCGAUGCCUCCAAGGUGCUCUGCUCCGGGGAGGGGUUACGCCAAGGUGUGGUCGGCAGGGAAAUUCGCUCGUGGAUCGACACUAGAAGGGCCGGACCUGGCGAGUUGACAGCACAUUGUACAGGACCCCGUAAGGUUGCUUACUGUGAACUUUAUGAUCACGGUGAUGCAACUUUUACGUUGAACGUGAAGCCUCAGGAACCUGGAAAACACGCUUUGACCAUUAAAUACGCUGGACAACACGUGCAGGGAUCACCGUUUACUCUUAGAGUAGCUGGGGCACCAGAUGCAAGCAAAGUACGAGUCUAUGGUCCUGGUAUCGAGCAUGGAGUUUUGGCCACCUUCCAGUCCAGAUUCAUCUGCGAUACAAGAGGUGCAGGUGCUGGUCAACUAACAGUAAGAGUUAGGGGACCGAAGGGGGCUUUUAGGGUUGAAAUGCAAAGGGAGAGUCAAAAGGAUAGAACCAUUUUGUGCAAGUAUGAUCCCACUGAACCAGGUGACUACAGGGUGGAAGUAAAAUGGGCUGGCGAACUGGUUCCAGGUUCCCCAUUCCCAGUAAUGAUAUUCGAUACCCAAGAGGAACUUCGGCGCUAUAUCAACUCAUUGUAAAUUUAAAUUAUUUCGAAAACAUUUGUACAAAUUUUCAAUUUUUAAUUAUUUAUUACGGAACAAGGGACUGGACGAUACAACGCUAUGACUAAACGUAUUUUAUUUGUACUUAAUUUUAUUUACCCACAAGAUUUAUUUUUAUAUAUUCAGUGUUAAUAAAUUGUUAUGAAUAACAAUA